AUGGAAGGAUAAAAAAAUAAUCUCUAAAACAACUCAUCUUAAUUUCUCAUGUAGAAUAAUUAGAAUGAUUUAAGCUAUGAAUUGCAACAUAGUAACUUCUAAUAAGUUGGAAACGAUGCUGGAAUAUAAAUUGAAGGCACUCUCAAUAAUAUUAAGUGUGGUUUGUAAAAAAUCAACUCAGCUGACAAUAAUAUUAUUUUAGUAAUUGGUAACUCUGGAUCUGGUAAGACAAGUCUCUCUGCUGAUUUGUCAGGGCUAUAGCUAGUUGUUAACAAAACGAUAUUUCAAGAGAGCUAUUUAUAAUAUAAAGAAGAAGACUUCUAAAAAUAUGGUAAAAUAGGUAGUGAUCUAAUUUAGUCUGAAACUUUCAUUCCUAAUAAGUUUUUUAAUUAAAAAAAAUAAAUAACUAUUUGGGAUACACCUGGGUUUGAUGACAGCAGAGGUGAAGAAUUCUAGAUUCCAAUUUCUUUUUUCAUAAACAAGAUAGUAAAUUCAGCUAAAAGAAUUAAAUUUAUACUUGUAAUUGAUGGUAAUUAACUAAACAGAGGAUAUGGAAUCGAAAAAGGUAGAGACCUCAAAGAUUUACUAUUUUCUUUUUUCUCUAUGAUAAGAGAUUUUAGCUUGGACAUAUCUAAAUUCACUGCAAUUGUCAUCUCAAAAGCUAAUUUAAAAAAAGAGAGUGAUUUUUAUGUCAAAAAAUUAAAAAACUUUAUUGAAGUGUUUCUGAAUGAGGACCUUUGUAAAUUUACCUAAGAUUACCAAAUUCAAUUUAAGAAAUUCUUAUAAUAAAUUUCAAAUACCAUGGUUUUAUUAUUUCCAAAUAUACCUGACAAUGCAUAAGUUAAUUCUUUCUAUGAUAAAGGACCAGGGUUAAAAAUUUUAAAUGCAAUAGAAUCAGAUAUUGAUUUCUGUAAAAGUGAAUAAAUAUAACUACCUUUGAGAAUGAAGAAUAUUGAAAAAAUUAAUCAGUUAUUUGAAAUAUCUCAGCGUUAGAUGGAGAAAACAUUUACUAGUAUCUGUAAAAAAAUAUCAGAAGAAUUAAAAGAAUUAAACGAGCUUCAGCUAAAAUAAACAAAAUAAAUAAUACAACAUUUUUAAAGUCUAAAAGAUUAAUAAGAUGAAAGUUAUAUCAAAUAAAUUAAGGAAUAGUUUCAAAAUCUAAUUAUUGAAAUCCUCCUAGAAAACAAAUGUAUUUAAGAGAUGAAAGAUUUAACCAAUCUUUUUGAGUUGUUUUAUUUCUAUUUCACUGAUAUCUAUUGCGAUUUAAUAUCUAAAAUUGAAUCUAACAAUAUUUAAAGAAAAAGUUUUAUCUCAACCAGAUAAACAUGCAAUGGAGUUAAAAUUCUUUAAUAAAAUCUCGACCAGGUUUUAAAGCUUUAAUCUCUUAAGGAGAGUUAAAGACAAUCUAAAGAAAGACUGCAAAAAAACCAAAGUGCUAUUUAAAACUUAGAAAAUGUGUCUGAUGAUUUUAGCCAUAAACAACAAUAGCUUGAUUAUGAUAAUUAAAUAGCUAUUUAGGCUCAAUAGGAAAAAUAAUAACAACUUAUGGAAGAAGAGGAAUUAUAAUAAAAAGCUUCUCAAGAUUUGAGGAGCAACUAAUAAUGCCUUGAAUAGAUUAACUAAUAGCAAUAAUUUUUAAAUGAAAAAAUUGAAGAGCAAAAUAACUAAUUAGCAAAAUAAAAUGAACAAUUAGAGGAAAUGACUAAACAAUAUUAAGAAAAAAUACAAUAAAAUUAAUAAUUAGAACAAGAAAUUGAAUUUUUAAAACAAAAAAAUGAAAUGGAAAUAGAAUAUCAGAGGUAAAUUCAUAAAGCUAAAUAAGAAUCCUAGUUGAUACCAGCUAUUAUUGGGACUGUAGGACAGUUAUUGACAACAAUAAUUUCACCAUAAGGAAAAAAAUGA